AUGUAUCACGUCACUUCAUCUCAUCUUCGUUCAUCUAGUAAUCAUCAUAUUCGAAAUGCUCUUGCUAUGUUUUGGAUUAAACUGAAAACAAAUUUAUCGUUUCGGCAAAUAGGUUCUAUGUUUAAUAUACCAGGAAAUGGUGAAGAUCGGCGUAAACGAGCUGCAGAUGCAUUCGAUAGCGUUCGUCAAUGUUUAAUCAAAACCUUUGUAUCUGGCCAUUUAGGCGUUCAACACUUAACAAGAGAAGAUGCCAAGAAACAAAAUACAAGCUUCUCUAUUGAAUUUUGUUGGAAAUAA